AUGGCACGCCCGGCACCGCGCGUAACAAGGGCGCAUUCACGGAACAAGAGGAAGGAGACGUCCUCAAACUACGGAGCGUGCACCACGUGUUGCAGUCACGUAGCCGCUCUCCCCCCUCCUCCCCCUCCCUCACCCAUCCUAACUCUUCAUCUGCGCUCCUCUUCCUCACUGACUGUACUUGUGUUGUGCUGGUGUGUGGAUAUGGAGAGCGCCAUUACGCACGGUGCCAUGGUGCCUUGGGUGAAGGUUAUAGUUCGUGGUUAG